AUGCUGCCUCAGCCCCAUAAGGAUGCAAGCAAGAUUUCGCGCAUUCCGCAGAUCGCGCAGUACGCGAUCACGCAGUCGCACGUGGGCCGAGCGGUGCAGGUGGGGGAAAAGGCGGGCGUGCUGCGCUACGUGGGCGUGGUCCAGUUUGCCAAGGGCGUGUGGUGCGGGGUGGAGCUGAACAGCGCCUGCGGCAAAAACAACGGCACCGUGAAUGGCGUGUGGUACUUUGAGUGCGCGCCGCGGCGCGGCCUGAUGGCGCCACUGGCCAAGGUGUCCCUGACGGAAGCAGCGCCCCACAGCGGUUCCGGCCCGUACUCGAUCCUCUGCGGGCUGGAGGGCGACGGCGACGCCGCCAAACGGCGCCGCACCACCGCCAGCAGCAGCAUGGAGCCGGCGCAGAAGCCCACCUCGCUGCCGCUAGAGGGCGACAGCGGCAAGCGCGACUCGCUCGACUGCGAAGAGUCGCUGGGCAUCCUCACGCCCGACCAAAUGGUCGACUUCACGCAGUGCUCCGCCCUCGACUACGACAAGCUGUUCGAGGGGGCCGGGCAGAGCCCCACCAACCCCGAGUUCAGCUUCCUGCUUAAAACGGACACAACCAUGAAUCUGGAGUUGAGUCUGGACCCGUUGGGGGCGCGCGGCGACGACACGCCCUCCCCCGAGGAGCUGCCGCUCGACGCCACGCCCCUCGUCAAGGCGGAGGCGGCCAAGGGGGGCGGGGCCAAGGCGAGCAGCAUCAUCACCAGCAUAACGAGCAUCACCAGCCUGGACACCGGCUACCAGGGUAAGUGGGGGCGAGUGGGCGGGGCUGGGACUGACGCGCGCCGUUGCAGGGGACGGCGAGAUGUCGCGGCCGGCCAGCAGGGGCGCUGA